CCCAGAGCCCUCCUCUUCCAUCUUGCUGCCCUCCAGACCGGAUCCAGCAUGGACCCACCGGGUCCUCCCAAGCCCGCCCCCACCCCGAAAACCAAGCGGGCGUGCGAUGUCUGCCGCAUCAAGCGGGUCAAGUGCAUCGGCGAAUACCCAUGCGAAGCCUGUCGGGCAAGCGGAAUCCUCUGCACCUACUACACUCCUCCGAGGAAACGCGGACCGCAGAAGACUCGCCAUCACCCAGCUGCAGGAGACUCGUCCAACUCGUGGAUCAGCGCGACGGCCUCCAAUUUGCCGGAUAUCAAAGCCCUUCGAUCCGAGUCUUUGAUGCAGCCUUGGCAGAUUGGCUCGCACAGGACGCCGUGGCUGCUCCCGAUCGAUCGACGCCGUUUGGCCAUGGGCCAAAACACCCUCGGCAUUUACUGGGUCAAGAGCACGACCAGCAACUCGGCAGUGCUCAUGGGGGCAACAGCCAUGGGCGGAGCCACCCUCGUCGUCAGCGUUCCUCGGUCUGCACGAGGAGCCAUCGACAUUGACUCUGACAUCGCAUGCCGUCCGACGGGCAAGCCCGAGGCACCGACAUCCGAGGUCCUUCCAUUCCCACUAAAUGCCACCGGGCAGAUCACUGGGAUGUUCUUUGAGCACCUCGGACUGACAAUGGACUUUGUCGACCCGGCUACGUUCCGCGCCGAGCUGGCCAGGGAACGCUACUCCGAGCCCUUCCUGUUCCUCGUCUGGUCCAUGUGUCUGGCGGUCGCUCACGACGACCGUCUCAGCGCAUCCCUCGGCCUCUCGGACCCCGCCCACACCCGGAAAGCCUUGGCCGACCAGUGCCGCAUCUACACCCAGCGACUCCACGACCACCCGUGUCUGCAAGUCUUGCAAGCCGUGGUCAUCAUCUGUGGAACGAGUCUGUCGACUGGAUCCGGCGCCAGCACCGGCCACACCUACUACACAGGGCUCGCCUGGAACAUGGCCCAGGAUCUCGGGCUGCAUCUCAGUCUCGACAGCCACGGCAGUUGGACUGCUCCGGGUCCGCACCACACAGGAUCGGCCCUGAGUCACCCAUCCGAGACCCCACUGCCACAAGCACCCACGGCAUCCGCCUCUUCGCAGUCUGCACGCCCCGACCCAGAAUGCCAGUCACUAUCCAUUCCCAUGGCACGAUCUGGAACGACAAGCCGUGUGUCCUCGGAGCUGCGAUAUCGCCGGAUGACGCUUCUCGCCCUGAUUCUGUUUGAUCGUCUCGGAGCUCUGAUGGCUGGGCGAUGCCCGGCCAUUCCCGACGAUGGCUGGGACUCGUCGUUCCUGCUCGAUGGAUUCGACUCGCUCUACGAGGACAUGUGCAUAUACGUCCACCUCGCCCACAUCAGUGGCAGGCUCUCGUCCUUGAUGGUGUCCCCGGUGCUGACGAGCCACCAGCGGCAGAUGGGUGCCGCCGAGGUCAUUGUCGGUCUGCGCCAGUGGUGGAGCAGUCUCUCGCCCGAGCACCAGCAAUCGCCCAAAGGUGCCCUCGGCCUCCAUCACCACCUGCACUCGUAUUUUCACUCCCUCAACAUCAUUGCCCAGCGCCUCGCCUCGACGGCCCUCGCGGGUCGCUCCCACGGCCAGCCAUUGCACAGGACCAACAGCGACACAACACCGCUCAACUCACACCCAAAGCAGACCAACGCCGAUCCAGGGCUCCUG